AUGUCGAUGAACCAUGCUGCGCCAUCUCUUCUGCUGUACAGAAAGAAACAUUUGUUAUUGAGAGAGGACGGGCUGUUACGUGCGGUCGGGGUACACUGGACGACGAAUGUUGCCUUCCCCGCUGUUAGUACACAAUACUUCAUCUCCAUGGCCAUCAGGACCGGAACCACCUUCUGCGCUGGCUGGGCAGCCACCCCACCUCGCCAGCGACUAGCCGUAGGUCGGAGAAGAAGGUUACUCCAACUAUCAUCCUUGUCUACCACAGUUUCUUCGAUCCGCUAUACUUCCCACAAGAAUGGCGCUCUGCCAGUGCCAGCAACGGCCAGCGAAGCUGAAGCGGAGGACGAGGUGCUGCUAGAGUCCCCAUCGCAGUUCCGCCUCUACAAGAGCGGCAGGAUCGACCGCCUCAACGAACCUACCCUCUCGCCUCCUGGUCUGGACGAGGCAACCGGCGUCACCUCCAGGGACGUCGUCCUCGACGCCGACACCGGCGUCUCCGUGCGCCUCUACCUUCCCAACCUCCAAGGAAAACCCUCCACGAAGCUCCCGGUCCUCGUCUUCUUCCACGGCGGGGCCUUCCUCAUCGGGUCCGCCGACGACGCCGCGUACCACAGGUACGUCAACGCCCUCGCCGCCGCGGCGGGCGUGCUCGCUGUCUCCGUGGACUACCGCCUCGCCCCGGAGCACCCUCUCCCCGCGGCAUACGACGACUCCUGGGCCGCGCUCCGGUGGGCGGCGUCGGCGCAGGACGGCUGGAUCGCCGAGCACGGCGACCUGUCCCGUCUCUUCCUGGCCGGCGACAGCGCCGGUGCCAACAUCGCGCAUGACAUGCUCAUGAGGGCGGCCUCCAACGACAACAACCCAAGAGUAGAAGGCGCGAUACUGCUGCACCCGUGGUUCAGCGGGACCACAGCGGUCGAGGGGGAGCCCCCGGCGGCGUCCAAGAUCACCGGGAUGCUCUGGUCCUACGCGUGCCCCGGGGCGGUGGGCGGCGCCGACGACCCCAGGAUGAACCCGCUGGCGCAGGGCGCGCCGGCGCUGGAGAAGCUCGGGUGCGUGAGGAUGCUCGUGACCGCGGGGCUGGCGGACGGGCUCGCCGCGAGGAACCGCGCGUACCACGACGCCGUGACCGGCAGCGGGUGGCGCGGCACCGCCGCGUGGCUCGGGUCCGAGGGGGAGGGCCACGUGUUCUUCCUCGGGAAGCCCGGGUGCGACAAUGCGAAGCAGCUCAUGGACCGCGUCGUCGCGUUCAUUGCCGGUGCCUGAUCGAUGGAGUUCUUUAGCGGGGCUGCAGCUUUGUCAACUCAAACUUCAAGUGUUUACAUGAAUUUCCAGAUCACUUGGAGGAGUAAUCAGCCAGACAGCCACACAUUGUUGGAGUAGUUAGCAAGCCUUGCUGGUUAGUAGUUUAUCAUGUUUUAGUUCCGUUUGGUUUUGCUCAGAAGUCUAGUUCAGUCGAUGCAUGCCCAUCAUAGAUUGAUCUUCAGUGACGCGAUGGAUCGGCGGCCAAGUGAAUCCAGUUGUUGUGAUUCAUGCAAUUUCCGAUUUUUGGAUUUGACUUAUUAUCCAGAAAAUCAUCUAAAUAGGUACUCUUCAUAUUGC